GCCUAACACUUGAUUAAUAACGAAUCAAUCAACAAAGGAAAAUAAAAGAAGGCUUAAACUCUACAUUUGAUUAAAGCAAACUUACGGCUUUUGCUUUUCUGCUUUACUUUGAUACGAUUCUCCAUUUUUCCUACUUGGCCUAGGGUUUUGCAGCUACAAUUCUGUUAGAGGAAUAAACAGAGCACCACUUUUUAAUUUCGUUUAUAGGGUUAUUUUUGUUUCUUGUUGUGUUGAUUCAAAGGUUUAGGGGCCUUCCAGGGUCAUAGUGAAUAAGCAGGAUUUCAAAGAUGAGUUGAAGUGAAGUAUCCUCAUAUUUGGACGAAGGUUUCGAAGUAUUGUUGGCUGGGCUUAUACUGGAUAGUAAGCUAAUAUGUUUGGCUUAAUUGGGGAAAAAUGAAACUCGACAUCGAAUUCUAACGCCAGUAUGGCCUUAGAUUGUGUUCGUGUUAAGAAGGUGCAUGAUACUGUUAUUCAUAGCCUAAUGCUUGUCUGGGUUCAUAGUUUACUAGCAUACGGGUAGUUGAGUACUAAAUGGAAAUAUAGAACUUUAAAAUGGAAGAGUAUAGAGAAUCAGAGUUUCCACUUCUUAGCUGGAUCAGCAAAAAUCCUUCUGAUAUGGUGGCGUCCCGUCUGUUUAUUCUCUCCUGUUUCAUUGCUGGUUUAGUAGGAAUUUUAACUAUAUUUUACACAGCUUUCGAGUGGAGAAGGAACUUAAACGGUAGUUGGAUGAAAGCCAUAGCCAGGUCAAAGAAAAACCCGAAAACAAGGAAUAAGGUCCCUGCAGCUCCUCAUACUUGGGCUUUGGAAACUGUUUCUCGAGGGAAAAGUUUAAAUUGCUGUGUCUGUUUAAAGUCCAUUUCUCCAUCUCAGACUCUUGGCCCACUUGUUGCUUCAGAAAGUUUUUUUAAUCGUUGCAGCAUAUGUGGUGCAGCCGCUCAUCUGAGUUGCUCAUCGAGUGCUCAUAAGGAUUGUAAAUGUGUAUCUAUGUUUGGACAUCCGCAUGUGAUACAUCAGUGGGCAGUACGCUGGACAGAGGUAGCUGAUCAACCCGAUGAAUCUUAUUUCUGCAGCUACUGUGAAGAGCCAAGUUCAUUUCUUGGUGGGUCCCCUAUAUGGUGUUGCUUGUGGUGUCAGCGCCUAGUUCAUGUUGAUUGUCAUGCCAAUAUGUUCAACGAAACAGGUGAUAUUUGUGACCUGGGCCCUUUCAGAAGGCUUAUUCUAUCGCCACUUUAUGUGAAAGAGCUUAACAAGGGCGGACUGCUGAAUUCUAUCACACAAGGUGCCAAUGAGAUUGCAUCUUCAGUGCGUGCUAGUUUAAUAAGUCAAAGCAUGAAAUACAAACACAGUAAUCAGAAACAUGGGAGUGGGACCUCUGCAGAGACAAGCAACGGUGAUGUUGUUGGGGACACAACGGCUGAAUGCACUGCUGAUACUCAUCAAGUGAAUGGUAAUUGUAGAAUAGAUGAAAACUGCAAUAAUGGUGUAAAUAGAGAGGGUGUGGAUCAGCAGCAAGACAGUGGUGUGAAAAAGAUGAUAUCUAUACCCAGCUUCAAGAGGAGUUCAUCCAUUAAUCAGAAGGAUGAAUCUCAAUUAAUAGGGCAGAAAUACGAAUUGACUGAUUUGCCUCCAGAUGCCAGGCCUUUGCUAGUUUUCAUAAACAAGAAAAGUGGAGCCCAACGAGGAGAUUCACUUAGGCAGCGGUUGAACCUUUUAUUAAAUCCAGUGCAGGUCUUUGAGUUGAGUUCAACAGAAGGACCGGAAAUUGGUCUGCAUCUUUUCAGAAGGGUGCCGCACUUCCGGAUUCUUGUUUGUGGAGGUGAUGGAACUGUUGGCUGGGUUUUGAACGCCAUAGAUAAACAAAACUAUGUUUCUCCUCCACCGGUGGCAAUACUCCCCGCCGGGACGGGAAACGAUCUGGCUCGAGUUCUUUCCUGGGGAGGUGGUUUAGGUUCAGUUGAGAGACAAGGUGGUCUUUGCACACUUUUGCAUGAUAUAGAACAAGCAGCCGUAACUAUCCUUGAUCGAUGGAAAGUUUCUAUCUUAAACCAACAGGGCAAGCUGCUUCAACCCCCAAAGUUCUUGAACAACUACCUUGGGGUUGGUUGUGAUGCAAAGGUUGCAUUAGAAAUCCAUAAUAUGAGGGAGGAAAAUCCCGAGAAGUUCUACAAUCAGUUCAUGAACAAAGUCCUUUAUGCCAGAGAAGGUGCCAGGAGUAUCAUGGAUUGGACAUUUGCGGAUUUUCCAUGGCAAGUUAGGGUGGAGGUUGACGGUGUUGAGAUUGAAGUUCCCGAGGAUGCAGAAGGUGUUCUCGUAGCUAAUAUUGGAAGCUACAUGGGUGGAGUAGACUUGUGGCAGAAUGAAGAUGAACACUAUGACAAUUUUGAUCCUCAAUCCAUGCAUGAUAAGAUGCUAGAGGUUGUUAGCAUUUCUGGGACUUGGCAUCUUGGGAAGCUUCAGGUGGGACUUUCCAAAGCUCGGAGGCUUGCACAGGGUCAAUCGGUCAAAAUUCAACUUUUUGCUGCAUUUCCUGUUCAAAUAGAUGGAGAACCUUGGUAUCAGCAACCUUGUACAUUGACAAUAACACAUCACGGACAGGCUUUCAUGCUGAAGAGAGCAGCAGAAGAACCUCUAGGUCAUGCAGCAGCAAUAAUUGCUGAUGUGCUUGAGAAUGCCGAGUCUAGUCAAGUGAUCGAUGCGUCACAGAAGCGGGCACUUCUUCAAGAAAUGGCAAUCAGACUCUCUUAGGCACCGACACAUUAAUUUUGGUAGUUUGCAGCAAUUAAUCCAAAGUUUUGUAUAAAAGCCCCCCUCCCCCCCCCCCCCCCCCCCACCCCUCCCCCUCUUUCAGGUUCUCUCAUUUCACGUGUAAAAUAUAUGGAAAUUAGACAUUGCUCGUUUGAAUACGAAGCUAGUCAGCGUUCAAGUGAUUUAGACGAAUUUGGCUCCCUGUUUUGCCAUAUUUUAUGAUAGUUGAACCAGUGUCCUUGUGGUCCUGCGGUCGGAUGUGCUCCAAGAGUUUCAUCCUCUAGUUGUAAAUAAAUUGUGAGCAAGACUCUCUUGGAAGCUUUGACAUGUCUAUAUACGCCCCACAAACAAACAUCCCAAUAGUUGGAGAUGUCCCGCCGGGUUGAGGCUUAAUAUGCGGGGUUGGACCACGGUACCGGUAGCGAACUUAGGAAUUUUGUGUUUAAAAUCUGAUAUUUUAUAUGUAGAGAAGCAGUAUUUCAUCUAUAUAAAUGGUAUCUUCUGGUAAAUGGUGUUCAAACUGCCACCUUUUGCUAGGGAAAGGCGGGUAGCUUGACCAAUUCAAUGAAAUAGGUGGAGAAUUUUUAAAUUUAGGAUUCGAAUUCCAACAGAGGUAAAUACUAACUGAUUCUUUCCAUUUGUUUAUGCGUGGAUGAAUAGAGUUACUUGAUUUCUAUCCAGGUUGGAGGUAACAGAAUUUAUUGAAGUACGUAGAAGUAGUAGUGGCGGGAUCACCUUAUGUCAAAAUCACACCGUUUAGUUGGGUUAAAAUUUUAAUUUUAUCUAUAAAUAUUAUUUGUUGACUCCUCUUA